AUGUCCAGCGAUGCCGAGCCGGGUGAAGACCACCAUAUGUAUCAGUUUCAGAACAGGAUGGGGCAAGAUAGGCAUCUUCAAAACAUAAUUGACCAUACUAAUACUCUAUUCCCGGACCGUCGCUAUCAACUAUCUCAAUUGAAUCCUUUGGGAGGUGCUAAUGGGAAUGGGAUGUUUAUGAACCAACUGGGUAACUUUCAGGACGAUGAUCAAGACCUAGAUAUAUUUGACCGCAACCUAUUGGGGCACUCGCAGAGAUUUUUUCACCCCCCAAACUCGGAGCGCCGUGAACCUCGUCUUUCGUUGCCAAAUACUAAUACCCCCAAUCAAUCGCGACGAGGGGUGGGCGAUGCUAGUCAUCAUUUUAGGCCGAUUCCGAUGCGGGACUUCAGCCAUCGAUCUCCAUUCUCGAAUGACCUGGCGCUUAUAGGAGGAAUUGAGCCAAGUCCAGCCUCCCAAUCUAUUCUCAACAGGGACGGUUCUCGUAGGAUUGGCGAAUUACAACCUGGAGCGCAGGUGGUUACACCCCCUUUUUACUCUGCAUCUAGCCAAAUCCCAAGCCUCGAAAGUCCAUUUACAAGCAGUUCUCCGACACUGGUUGGCGGAUCUAGUCCUUCCACACGCCUCAGCCUCAAGCAAGCAGCAAAGGUCAAUGGCAAUCCUCUUGUAAAACAGAAGAAGGCGAGCAACCUCAAAUUGACCCUCGAGCAUGCCCCAGACGAGCCACCCGUCCUAAACGGUACUCGCCUUAUUAACCCCGGAGAGGUGCUACCUGAUAAAUUCCGUACUGUUUUCCCGUAUGAACUCUUCAAUGUUAUCCAGUCCAAGUGCUUUCCACUCGUAUACGGCACAAAUGACAACGUUGUAGUUUCUGCUCCCACGGGGUCUGGAAAGACGGCCAUUCUAGAAAUGGCUAUUUGCAAACUUAUCAUGGCCCCUGGUAGUGACAAUGCUAAGAUUGUCUACCAAGCACCUACGAAGUCCCUGUGCUCGGAGCGUGCAAAAGACUGGGAAAAGAAGUUCAGCCAUAUGAAUAUACGAUGUGUCGAACUUACUGGCGAUACUUCACAAGCGCAGGCGAGUCGAGUGGGUAAUGCGUCAAUCAUCGUAACUACCCCAGAGAAGUGGGAUUCUAUUACGAGGAAGUGGUCGGAUCACCGAAAGCUUUUAGAGAUGGUUCGUCUAGUCCUCAUCGAUGAGGUGCAUAUUUUGAAGGACGCUCGCGGCGCUACCUUGGAAGCCGUUGUCUCGCGUAUGAAAACGAUCGGAGCGAAUGUCCGCUUCGUCGCCUUGAGUGCUACUAUCCCUAAUAUUGGAGAUAUUGCAAGAUGGCUCGGUCGGGAUUACUCAAACCAACAAGAACCAGCCAGGGCCGAAGCUUUUGGCGAAGAAUUGAGACCGGUCAAAUUACAACGAUAUGUCUAUGGAUACGGCUCCUAUCAGAAUGAUUUCAUAUUUGACAAGUCGCUUGAUGGGAAGUUGAUUAUGCUCCUUUCAAAGCACUCACAGAAGAAGCCAAUCAUGAUUUUCUGUUUCACGCGAAAGUCAUGUGAGGUUACCGCUAGAAGAUUGGUGGAGUGGUGGUCGACUUGCAAAGCGGAGGAUAAGGCCUGGCCCGCACCGACGCGAAGGGUUCCUGUCAUAAAUACGUCGCUUCAAGAGAUUGUGCGGCAUGGUGUUGCUUUUCACCACGCGGGCCUUGACGCCCAGGAUAGAUCGGCAGUAGCGCAAAACUUCCUUGAGGGUCAAAUCCAUGUCAUCUGUUGCACGUCUACAUUGGCGGUUGGGGUGAAUCUUCCAUGUCAUACGGUGGUAUUAAAAGGGACGACGGGCUACACAGACGAUAAAGCCCAAGAAUAUUCGGACUUGGAAGUUAUGCAAAUGCUUGGCCGUGCUGGUCGCCCACAGUUUGAUGAUAGCGCCGUGGCUAUAAUUAUGACUAAAACGGCGAAUGUUGAUCGAUACAAGAAAAUGAUGUCUGGAGAAGAGACACUGGAGAGUACACUUCAUCGAAAUUUGGUGGAACACCUAAACUCCGAGAUUAGCUUGGGAACUAUUCAAGAUGUGCAGACGGCCAAGAAAUGGAUUGGAGGUACAUUUCUAAGCGUACGAGUGCGUCAGUCUCCCUCGCUGUACCAUCUUCAAGAUGCUCGUAACGCUGAAGACGCCGAUAAGAGGAUGGAGGAAUGGUGCGAGCGAGAUGUGAAGCUACUGCAAGAGUGUGGCUUGAUCACAAAGCAAGCACCAUUCAAAUGUACGGAAUAUGGACAUGCGAUGUCUAGGUAUAUGAUCAACAUCGAGACGAUGAAACUGUUAUUAUCUAUGCCUCGAGGGGCAGGACUCGAGGAAAUUCUCACCACGCUCUGUAAAGCUGCCGAGUUAAAAGACUUCCGCUUUAAACCUGACGAACGGGCUUUGUUUCGGGAACUAAACAAGUCUCCAUUCAUCCUUCACCCAAUCAAGGAGACGGUGAAUCAGAAUUGGCACAAGGUCUUCCUCGUGGCCCAGGUCUUUCUCGGCGGUGUAGAGUUGCCGCACGAAAAGGGAUCCGGUCUCAUGAAGUUCAAAAUCGGGGCAGAGAAAUCCGCCAUAUUUGAUAGACUGAACCGUCUAGUACGCUGCUUCGUGGACUGCCGAGUGUUUGAUGGUGAUGGUUAUAGCACGAAAGCUGGCCUCGAGCUAGCACGUGCUCUCUCUGCAAAUUCGUGGGACAAUAAACCGUCGCAGCUUUCUCAGAUUCCAGGGCUGGGGCCGGUAAUGAUACGAAAGUGGGUGAGUAAUGGAGUCCAUACAGUAUUGGGGUUGGCCGAUAGAGAUUUCAACGAGAUCGAGCGCGUUUCAAGCAGGAAUCCUCCGUAUGGUAUGAAUAUGUUGAAAACAUUGGAGAACUUCCCCCGCCUGGACAUGAAGACCCAUCUCGUUGCUAGUAUCCCACGACAGUCACAACCCGAAGAUAGUGUGACGGUAACGUUGAAGGUCAACCUCUGCUAUCGAAAUGCGAAGGGUGUGCCGAUAUGGAACCAUAAAGUGCCGGCAGCGACGUUCUUCGUUCUCACUACCGAUGGGUGUCUCGCAUACUUUUGGCGCGGGAACCUGAGGAAGAUUGAGAAAUCUACUGGCUUAGACCUGAAGUUUCCCGUCUCACUUAGUGGUCCAGACCAGAAGGUCUCUUGUUACUUCGGCUGCGAAGAGAUUGUCGGAACUCAGGUUGUGAAGGAACUGGACCCUGAUAUACCGAAGACUGCAUGGAAGGAAAGGAAGGCCCAAGUGAUUAACUGCCAGGCGCCCGCCACUAUCUUAGACGAUGAUAUGGAUUAUGAUGAUCUUUCAGAUGAAGAGAUUCUCAGCGCUACUUUGGCUCUAGCUAACGGGGCUGACGAGAUGGGAUCGUCGGAAUACCCAGGACCGUUAGAUGAUGCCGAAGAAGAGUAUCCCUUGAUCGACCAUGUUCUAUCGCAGGAAGCAAGCCUUUCGACAUUUGAACCUGCCAAGAUGGAUAACGGAAAAUGGAUGUGCAAUCAUCGUUGCCGCAAUGGCGGCUCUACCUCAUCCGGCAAGCCCUGCACCCAUAAAUGUUGCCACGAAGGGAUAAAUAGGUUUCGGCCGCCACCGCAGGAUAAGAAAAAGAAGAAGAAUCAGAAAGAAGUAGGGAAUAAUGUGCCCAAAGAAGAAGAUUCUACCUCUGGAUUCUCAACGCAACAAGCACAAGUCUCGGGGGCUGCCGGAGAUAUCAAGACCAAUAAGGACAGAGGGAAGGGAGUCGCGAGACCUGCGACUAAUCAUAUCUCCCAGCAACGACAUACUACCACGGGCCAACCUAUGGCUGGGAAGUCCGAUGCCAAUCUACCAAAUGUGAAGAGGAAGCGCUCUGCGGAAGCCAACAAAGGAGCGAUGCUUAAGAAGCGAAGUAAAACUAAAGAGCAUACUUCGGACAUAGACGCCCUGUCGGAUAUUGAAUGUAUUGACCUCUCUACGAUGUCGCCCGAAACCGAGACCGAGCACUUGCCGUCGUUAACGCUUGGCACCCACGGGAUGAAAAAAUCCCAACGUCCUUUUGACAUGCCCAAGGGGGUAGUUAACAGCACUCUACCUGUUAUGAGUGCAUUUAGCGGCCAUGGGGAACCCAAGUUAUCCAACUCGCUGUUUAGUGGAGCUCUCGGUGCUCAUGAUGGGGUCUGUGCGAAUAUGAGAUAUGACUCUGACAUGCAAUAUGAUAGUGACGUUUUUGAGAAUGACGACGAACUUCCUGAUAUAGAGAGUAUUAUUCGCCUUAGCAAAUCUAAAGAUGUUAGCAAACUUCAGACGAUGAGGAAGGAUGAAACGCUUUAUCCAGGUGUUGUUGAGACCUUGAAAGAAAGCAUGGAUUCUGGUCGGUCACCUAAUCUCAGCUUUACCACCGUUAAUGAGUUGCAGAAGGCAUCUGAUCGUUUCGAUUUGCCUUCAGCUAGUCUUUCAGGCCAAGAAACAUAUUUGUUAUCAGGAUCAACAGAAUGGAAACCAACAAAAAUGGGAUCAAGUUCGCCAUGGCUAGAGUCGCUGGAGAAUUCAAGCGGAAUCACCCCGGCCUCCACUGCCCUGGAACCCCUGGCUCGCCAACCACUUCCCAUUGACUCGGGCCCUUCCGAAGCGUGUGAGAACGAAGAGCUCUCUUCGGACUGCGACUCAAAUGAGCCAAAUUGGCUCUCAGAAUUUGACCCCGCGCUUAUUAACAGUCUUCGUGGCUGUGCGAAUUUCGUGGACUAGCUAUUCGUCUGCCGGGGGAUACAGUUGGAAGGUGGGGGUAAUUCCUUGAGGAAAUAUUUGCUGAUUUUUGCGACUGAUUUAAUGGCGUGGACAUCCGCUUAAGGAUGGUCUAAAGACAUAACAAGGGGUUAUUUGUUAUGGAGAAACUUACAUCCUCCGGUAUUGCUGACAUGUGUCAAGUUAAAGCGUAAGAUUUGCUGAACCCUUAGCCAAUAUACACGAUUGCUUUCAGUCGACGGUUCUGGUCAUGUUUCGUACCUGCUACUUUAGCAGGGUCUGGGGGGUUUACAGGGGUUUACAGCUCGUGCUCCGCCAGUCUUAACC